AUGCCCUCACCAAAUAACAACCCGGCUAACAUCGCUAAUACCAACAUGAGCACCGACACGUUCAAGACCGACAAGGACUUUGCCGACAUUGAGCUCGGUCCAAACCCCCUCAUGGCCGACACCUACUACACCAACGGCCGCGCUGCUUGGGACACCGGCUUGCCCAGUCCUCCCGAGUACACCGGCCCAGGCAUCAUCCAACCACGCACCGCCACCAAAGGCAAACUCCGCACCCGCCUCGCCAACUACACCACCAAGGCAAAGCGACUCCUUCCUCUUCUCGCCUACAUCACCUCCGCCGCCUUCGCCCUCCCCGGCCUCAUCUUCCUCGGCCGCGACUUCCACAACAACGGCGUGUGCGGCAGCACCGACAUGGAGCAGGUGCCACUUCCGCAAUUCCAUUGGAUCGUGUACACCCUGUUGUGGAUGGUUCUGAUGAUGGUGGAAUGUAUCAAUCGUCUCUACACAAGCAAGAAGGGAGAGCACGUCAAGGAGGCGGUGAGGGUUAUGAUGGGACCGUUGUUUUUGGGGGUCUGUAUUUUGGCGGCGGCGGCGAUCGCUUGUGCUGCUAAGGGAAGGUGUGGUGAGGGAGAGCAGGCGUAG